CACCAGAAUGUCAACAGACAGGGAAGGACUCCAUGCACCUCGCCAUGUCUGCCCAGCCUGGUGGGCUGGCCCUCCUCUGCUUUCUGCUGGGUCUGCAGGGAUCUCUGGCUGCAGUCUUCAUCACCCAAGAGGAAGCCCAAAGCGUCCUGCACAGGCAAAGGCGAGCCAACUCGUUCCUGGAGGAGCUGAGGCCAGGCUCCCUGGAGAGAGAGUGCAGGGAGGAGCAGUGUUCCUUUGAGGAGGCCCGGGAGAUCUUCAGGAACACAGAGAAGCUGGCGCAGUUCUGGAUUUCUUACAACGAUGGGGACCAGUGUGCCUCAAAUCCAUGCCAGAAUGGAGGCUCCUGUGAGGACCAACUCCAGUCCUACAUCUGCUUCUGCCCUGAAGACUUUGAGGGCCGGAACUGUGAGACAACUGCCAUAUAUCCUGUCAACCAAGACAGGUGGGUAAACCUGACCUUCCCUACUUGCUGUUACGAAGACAAGAACAGCCUGCUGAUCUGUGAGAAUGACAAUGGGGGUUGUGACCAGUACUGCAGCAACCAUGUGGAGGCCAAGCGCUUCUGCCGGUGCCACGAGGGGUACACACUCCAGGCUGACGAGGUGUCCUGUGCACCCACAGUUGAGUAUCCAUGUGGAAAAAUACCUGUCUUGGAAAAAAGAAAUGACAGCCAACCCCAUGGCCGAAUUGUGGGUGGCAAGGUGUGUCCCAAAGGGGAGUGUCCCUGGCAGGUUGCACUGAUCCUGAAUGGGGAGCUGCAGUGCGGGGGCACCCUGAUCAAUACCACCUGGGUGGUCUCCGCCGCCCACUGUUUCGACGGAAUCAAGAGCCUGAAGAACCUGACGGUGGUAGUGGGUGAGCACGACCUGAGCGAGAAGGACGGUGAUGAGCAGGAACGGCGAGUCGUUCAGAUCAUUGUCCCCGACAAGUACGUCAGGCGCAAGACGAACCACGACAUCGCCCUGCUCCGCCUGAGCAGGCCUGUGGCCCUCACGGACUACACGGUGCCCCUCUGUCUGCCUGAGAAGGCCUUCUCCGAGAGGACGCUGGCCUUCAUCCGCUUCUCCACCGUGAGCGGCUGGGGCCGGCUCCUGGAAAAGGGCGCCACGGCCCUGGAGCUCAUGGCCAUUGACGUGCCCCGGCUGAUGACCCAGGACUGCCUGGAGCAGUCAAAGAAGGAGGCGGGCUCCCCAGUGCUCACGGAGAACAUGUUCUGUGCUGGCUACCGAGAUGGGAGCAAGGACGCCUGCAAGGGGGACAGCGGGGGCCCCCACGCCACCAAGUUCCAGGGCACGUGGUAUCUGACGGGCGUCGUCAGCUGGGGUCUGGGCUGUGCAGCCGAAGGCCACUUUGGGGUGUACACCAGGGUCUCCCAGUACAUCGAGUGGCUCCACGGGCUCAUGAGCGCAGAAACACACUCAGAAGGCUUCCUCCGAGCCCCGCUUCCCUAGUCUGUCAGGGCCGGCUCCGAGGAGCCUGCUCCUGGGACAUAAAGCUGCUGUUGCUUGGGUUGUCCUGGCUUCAGUCCUGUAAAUUCUUCUGCCCUUAUUGGGGUGGGGAGGUGGAGAGGGAGGAGAGAAACAGAGAGACCGAGAGAGA